AUAUAUCUGUCAACCAUACGAUCUGGGUUUUUUUUUUGGCCCCAGUGGAAAUGAUACAAAUAUAGUCGUUUAUAAUGAAUAUGAAACCUAUGAGGUUUUAUUUUAACUUGUAACCAUGAAGCGGGGUGAGAUGGACUACUGUAGGAAACAGGUGAAGUCGGACUGUGAGGAGCUGCUGAGUCGCUUCCAGCGAGCAGAGUCUGUCCGCUUCGAGAUUUUCUCCAGAAUAUGGAGGGAAAUGAAGUUCUCGCAUAUUUUCUACGGCACCUUGAGGCGCGAGAAGCGACUGUUCAGUCGUUUGAUUCUGGACACGGCCUGCGUUUUCUUCCUGCCUCCGUACAGCUUCCAGAUCCGAGCGGGAGGACUUUACCUGCUGUACAGCCUGUAUCGAUGCCAGACCGCCUCCCCUUCAGAGCAGAUCCGCCUGGCGCUGAAAGACUGGGAGGACGUGAAGAAGUUCGAGAAAGACGCUGUGGACGCUCGGCACCUCGAUGUUGUGUAUAUCCUCCGACACCUGAUGUUCCUCAAAGCUUUCCACUUCACGGCCAUGCCGGGUCUGCUUGCUUUCAAGAAGAAGAGGAAAGGAGAGCACUUGGUGCCGUGUGAGGACUUCAUUGAGCAAACGUCUCGUCCCCAGGAGCUCAUCAACAUCGAGCUGCUGGAGGAAUUAACCCACAUUCACGAGGUGUAUGAGAAGCUGAAGACUUCUGUGUUUCUGACAGCAAAACGGACAGAUCCAUCUGUGAACCUGAUCCGCAAAGACCUGGUCCCUCAGUUACACAGCACUGUGAUGGACUUCUACAAGUGGCAGCAAAGGAAGGAUGGUCCAGAUCUAGAUGAAGACAGCAGUGAGGGAACAUCGUCUCAGCAGGAUUGUCCCAGAAGAGCCGAGCUCCUUGCCUCCAUCAAAUCCAAAGCAUAUGGACAGGCAGCAGAGGCCUCCAAAUCACGUCGUCAUCGUCAGGUGGAGCUGGAUUUCACUAGUAACGACACUGGAACCUCCAACACGCCAGCCCACUCCAGAACAAGCAAACCGUCACUCAAAGCCAGAACCAAUGAGAGUGUGCAUGUCUCAGGUGACAUGUGGAAAGAAGCAGCAGCGCCCACUCUGAUCAGUCGUCUCACCACACUCGACUUCGCUCCUGAAGAUAAACCAAAACCGUACAGAAAAUUCAAGUGGUGAUGACAGCGCACGAGUCGGCUGUCGUCCUGACAGCGUGUUUUACGGAUGAUGAGUCCAUGAAAAUGCUUACUUCUUAAUGUAAUAUUCUAGAACUUUGAAGGUUUCUAGCUACAGCCUGGAAGAAAAUGUGAAUGUUUUUAUGUUUUAAAAUUAUGUUUUUAGCAAAGUAGAACCUGUUAAAGAAAAGUAUAUUGUUGCAAAACUGCUUGUUUAUAACAGGACACAGCAAAAUGUAAACAGAUGCACAAAGUCAAAAGCUGAAAAAAUCCUUUUUUGCAGUGUUGCAACCAUCUCUUGUUGAAAAUUCCCUCUGUGUCUGAAUAUCUGAGUCUGCUUUGUCUGAGAAGAGUUGCCUUUUGCACAGGAGAUGUCUAAGUACGUUGUGCUUUUUUUAUGAGAGUAAAUUCAUUUAAACGUUCUUAAAAGGUUCCUCUCGCUCCGUGUUUUUUUCUCAGACAUGCCUGAAUUCUGUUCUGCAGCCUCUGGUGUUUAUAUUAAAACCUUUUUGUCAGACUAA